GUCGCAUACUCAUCAGCGUAAGAGCAGCAAGACCAUGUCUUCAACUGCGACUCUCAUAGGUUCCGUUUCAACCACACCACACUUUUCAUCUUCAAAUACAACAACCAGAACAAGAUUCAGAACCAGAACCAGAACCAGAACCUUCUCCUCUACACCUCAAUCGUUGAACCACUCAUUCUUCAGGCUCACCAACGCUCCUUCCAAGCGAGCUUCCUCUACUCCCUCCCAUGGAUUCAAGCGAUUUUCCCCUGUCAUGGAGUGGCAGGACUGCACGGUUAAGACGGAGGUCGAUGUGCCGGUCUCGGUCGCCUAUGCUUGUUAUUCGGAUCGCGAAGCCAUUCCUAAUUGGAUGCCCUUUAUUUCCUCUGUUAAGAUAUUGCCUGACAAACCUGACCUGUCAAGAUGGUCGUUGAAUUAUAAGGCAUUUGGUCGUGACAUUGAAUUCUCUUGGCUUGCUCGUAAUAUGCAGCCCAUUCCAAAUCAGAAAAUCCACUGGCGAUCGCUGGAAGGUCUUCCAAACAGAGGUGCUGUUCGAUUCUAUCCAAAGGGCACAUCAUCAUGCGUAAUUGAACUUACGGUCUCGUAUGAAGUCCCCCAACUUUUAGCUCCGGUGGCUUCGGCACUACAACCUUUUCUUGCAAAUUUGCUUGAACGUGGUCUGGAACAAUUUGCUAGGUUUGCAAAAAGCUACACCUGAUUUUAUUAUUAAUGUUGUAGCUGAUUUUUAGAACGGGACUAAACUUAAAAUUUUGCAUAUAUAAAUAUGCAUACAUUGUUUUCAUUUUUUCAUGGCUGUGCUAACUCAUUGAAAUUAUGGUCUUAAUGCCAAAUAAA